AAAAACACCGUGUCACAGACACAACACUCUCCCUUCUGUCUUAAGCUAUUUAGCAUUUCAAUUUUUCAGGCGCUCCUUAUAAGCUCAACUGCCAAAUCCUCACCCUAUAAAAUCUCCAUCCACAUCGCUCAAUCAACGUAUUCAAUCUCUUCCCGCACCAGAAAAAAGAUUUUCUUCACUGUUCUGUGAUUUGAUUAUUAUCGUUUCUGAUGAAAAAGCUUGCGUGGCCCAAGUUCAAGUCUCCCUUCUCCAGGGCAGGCAGAGCACGAGAUGAAUGUUCUCGAGCCUUAAGCAACAAGUUAAACGUGAAUGAAGAGUACAAGGAAGCUUUCAGGACACAGUCUUACGAAGAAUUGUGGAGCAAGAUUCAUGACCAACUUAGAAGAAAAUCCGUUGAUGGAGUUGAUAAACUCCCCUCUUCUCCAUCUGUUCCUUCUUAUAUCCAUCUCGCUGAUUAUCUCUUUGAGCCAGAGAAGCAACAAACGUUAACGGAAAUGACACAAAGCAUGAAGUUCCAUCGCUUUCUGAUAGAUUAUUUUGAAGCCAGCUUGGAUGCAUGUAAUCUUUGUGAUUUGCUGCUUCGUAGCAUCCAUCAAACUCGUGUUAAUUACCGAAGAAUUGAAAGGGUAAUCAAGUUAAGUAAAAGGGUAAAGGAUUCUGCAGAUUACACAGAUAAAUUUUAUGGAAAAUUAUUGGGAGAGCUUUCUGCAUAUGCAAUGCUCAGAAAUCCUUUAUCAUUCGUCGCCCCAUUACAAUUCCGAGAUGUUCAUGAUAACAACCUGGUAUUGCUCCAUAGAAUGACUUCAGAGCUGAGAAAGAUCAGAAGGAAAGCAAAAUUUAACAGAAUCUACAAGAAGGUUGGCGGAUAUUGUCUUGUGAUUUCACAUACUGCGAUCUUAAUUGCAAUGCUAGUGAUUGCAGUUCAUGGGAUAGUUGGCAUUGUAGCAGCACCAGGACUUGUGGCUUGCUUAUUGUGUUUGUUCAGAAAGAAAAUGAAGUUGUUUCAAGGAGGGAUGAAGACAAGUUUGCUUGAAAAACUGUGUGCACAGCUUGAUGUAGCAGCUAAAGGAACUUUUAUAAUGAUCAAUGAUUUUGAUACAGUGGGUAGGUUAGUGAGGAGUUUAUAUGAAGAGCUAGAACACAAGAAGGCUCUUGCUGAUAUGUGUGUUGUGAGUGGAAAUACUGAGCUAGUGAAGGAAGUUGUUAAAGAGUUUCAUUUGCAUGAUUCUAAUUAUCAGGAGCAGAUGGAUGAGCUUGAAGAACAUAUUUAUCUCUGUUUUCAUACUAUAAACAGAUCCAGAAGGCUUGUUAUUCAAGAGAUAAUGGUUGCACAAAAAUAAUGCUGUUGAUAAUCAUACAUCUUUUGUUUUUUUAGCAAAAAAUUCUUGGGAAGACUAGACAAUAAAUGGGCUUGGGAAUCUUCAGACAGAGGAUGUUCUUUUCCUUGGUGGGUGGCUCAGUGCUUAGCCUGAGUAGUUUUGUUUCAAUUAUUGCCAAAACAAAAUGGCAUUUUCAGUGCCAAAUUAGUAAUUUGUUAUAGAACCCAAUAUUGCAUUUGUACAUAAAACUUUUUUAGAAAAGAAAUUUAUA